AUGUCAUUGAUUAAAGAACCUUAAUCCCCUUAGAUAAUUAAUUAUUUAAAAGGUCAAACAUAGAAUAAUAAUAAUAAAAUCUCAUAAUCAGUUAAAGUUGAAAAAUCAAGAAAUUCAAUUAUUGAAGAUUAAGAUGAAUAAACAACAGUGAUCAAAUAAAAAACCUAUUAAGGAGACUUUUCAUAAUUUGAUAAUUCAUUAUAAUAAAAGGUGUCUCCCAAUGAAACUAAAAUAUUAAUAAAUAAUAAUGAUUAAUCAAAUUCAUUAUAAAUAAGAAACCAUACUGAAGAUGCUAUGAUAUCUGUUUCACCAAAAGAUUGCUGUUUUUGUGGUGAAGCAUAAAAUAUAUUUCCUAUUUGCUAAUGUUCUUUAGCUCAUUAAAAAUGUGCUAAUGAAUUUUUGUAAUAAGGAUCAUAUUAAGAAUAAAUCUAAUGCAAAAAUUGUAAUCAAUAUAGACAUGUAAAUGGUGUUAUUAAUUUCGAAUUUAGUUAAUGGAGAAAAAACAAAUUCUCUUUAUUUUUGGAACUCUCAUUUUUAGUUAUAAUUUUGGCUAUUUUUGGAGUUUUAACUUACUUUUCAUUCUUUGAACUAUAUGAUAAAAUUGCUUAAGAUAGGUUAUUAAUAUCUUGUUUAGUUUUUUCAUAUACUAUAUAGUUUAUUUUACUUAUAUGCUUAAUAUCUAAAAUGCUUACUCAUUUUAAAAAAGUAAAGUUAAUGAUAAAAAGAUUUGAUGUUAAAAAUGUUUAAUAUAAUUAAAAUUACGUAAAUUUAAUGAUGAAAUUGUGA